AUGAUCACAGAACUCAGUUUAGAUGUACUUUGUGUGCCAUCAGAUCCCAUGGUAGCAUUGGCCACUGGUCUAUCUGCUGUACUUCUUUUUCUUUUGCUGAUUGGCCUGACAGCGUAUCUCUUAUGGAAGAAGAGACAGGACCAGAGAAGAGACAGACAACUGAUCAGCAUGAACCCACUUAUUCCGCCAUGCACACCUGUGCUCCAAACAUCCCAAAGUAGCAACUAUGGUUUGGCUGAAGUUCCCUUCUUUCUGCCUCCGAGUUUCAAGAGUUCAUCCCAUUCAGCAGUGCCUGAAGGGAGGGAGGAAGAGGAGCAAUGGAAACAGCACCCGCAUCUGCAUACCCAGCGUGGCUCUUUAACAAUAGGCAGCUGGUUCCCACUGGGAAGCCUGAGGGCAGAUCUGUACCAGCUUCCUGAAGAGCCAAGUGAGUGGGCACAGCCCAGUGGCUCCACUGUACGCCUGUGUUUCGCUGUGCAAUAUCAGCAUGAACAAGAACAGUUGGUGGUCUCCCUGCUACAAGCUGCCAACCUGCCUGCCCAAUGCCAAAGCAAUACCACACUGGUCAAACUACAGCUCCUGCCAACUGAAGAUCGACACCAUCGUCAGGCCAAGGCCUGGUGCAAAGGUUGCCAACCACAGUUCAAUGACACCUUUGUGUUUCAGAUGUCUAGUUACAGUGUGGACCAGUUCACUCUGCACUUGAGUGUGUACAGUGUGGACAGACUGAAGAAGCAUCACCUGGUGGGCCAUGUUCUGUUCCCUCUCAGACACACUGAACUGCAAGAGGCAGCAGGCAAAGUCCUGUGGAGAGACCUUGAGACUGAGAGUGAUCUGCCCCUUUCGAAGCAUGGCAAUAUCCAAGUGUCUCUGAAUUACUGUCAGUCUCUACAGCGCCUCACUGUGGUUGUGCUUAGAGCCCGAGGACUCCAGUGUCCCAGCAAUGCUGAUGUCUCUGUCCAGGUUUCUCUGCAGAUACACACUCAGGUAGUGAAAACAAAGUGGACACCAAUCACCAGAGGCAGCAACCCCACUUUUAAUGAGAAGCUGACAUUCAGGCUUCUCCCUCUGCAGCUCGAUGCAGCCUGUCUGAGCCUGGAAGUCCAGCAGGUAGCCCCUGAACAGCCUGCUGAAGUGCCAAGCACCAGGACUAAGGCACCAAUAAAACUUGGACUAGUGGUCAUUGGGCCAUUUAUGUAUGCCAGAGGCAGGGAGCUGGAGCACUGGAAUGAGAUGAUCAGUAAAUCACAAGAACUGGUCAAACAGUGGCAUGCACUGGGAGAAGCUAACAUCACUCAUGGACCAACCUGA